AUGUUUUUGUCUCUCCCUACACUGACUGUCCUUAUUCCCUUGGUGUCAUUAGCAGGACUGUUAUACUCAGCCUCUGUGGAAGAAAACUUCCCACAGGGCUGCACGAGCACAGCCAGCCUGUGCUUUUACAGUCUGCUCUUGCCGAUCACCAUCCCCGUUUAUGUGUUCUUCCACCUUUGGACUUGGAUGGGUAUUAAACUCUUCAGGCAUAACUGAUGCAGCUGGAGCCAAGGUGGUCUAUACUAAUGAUAUGCCUGAAUGUUUGUCUCUGAAAGCUCAACCACGUGGAAAUACUGGAAACCCACUUAAUUUGCGAGAAAGAGGUUUUGCCUAGCUCCUCAGAGGUUUAGGACUAUGGGAGGCUUAAGCUGCAGAGGUUUCUUUAUUGUACUUGGGUUCUGCACUUGUUUUUUGAAGGUGAAUUAUACUUGGUGUUUCAGAAGAAACAUUUCAACAAAGUGUCUUGUUGGAAAUUAAUAGCCCCAACCAUCAUCUGCUGACUUUAUUUCUUACCCCAUUCAUCUAAAAGUUACUAAUUUGAAGUUUUAUGUUUGUUUUAGAUUCAGUCUUUGGUAAAAUCACAUGUUAAGAAUGACAAAUAAUUCCAGAGGAUUUCCCUGUAGAGAAAUGCAUUUGAACUAAUGUCAUAUAAAACUAAAAUAAAAUGGAAAUUUCACGAACUUGCAAAAA